CGCCAGGGGGCGCGCUAAUGCUGGAUUUGAGACGUCAUCAACCAGCGCCCACAAGCAACAGAGGAGGCGAAAAUAGUUGUGCGGGUUUGACUCUAUUCUGCAGAAAUGUCCCGUCGAUAUGAUUCCCGAACAACCAUCUUCUCACCAGAGGGGCGUCUGUACCAGGUGGAGUACGCCAUGGAAGCCAUUGGCCACGCCGGCACCUGCCUGGGAAUUUUAGCCAAUGAUGGAGUGCUGCUGGCCGCUGAGAGGAGGAACAUCCACAAACUCCUGGAUGAAGUCUUUUUCUCAGAAAAAAUUUACAAGUUAAAUGAAGAUAUGGCGUGUAGUGUGGCAGGAAUUACAUCAGAUGCCAACGUACUGACCAACGAACUGAGGCUUAUAGCACAGAGGUACUUGCUGCAGUACCAGGAGCCAAUCCCCUGCGAGCAGCUGGUCACAGCUUUGUGUGACAUCAAACAGGCCUACACCCAGUUCGGAGGAAAGCGUCCAUUCGGAGUGUCCCUGCUCUACAUGGGCUGGGAUAAGCACUAUGGUUUCCAGCUCUACCAGAGCGACCCCAGCGGCAACUACGGAGGCUGGAAGGCAACCUGCAUCGGCAACAACAGUGCUGCAGCUGUCUCCAUGCUGAAGCAGGACUAUAAGGAGGGAGAGAUGGCACUUUCCUCAGCCCUCGCCCUCGCCAUCAAAGUCCUCAACAAAACCAUGGAUGUCAGCAAGUUGUCUGCAGAGAAAGUGGAGAUCGCCACCUUGACCCGUGAGAAUGGCAAGACCUGCAUCAAGGUGCUGAAGCUGAAGGAAGUGGAGGAGCUGAUCAAGAAGCAUGAAGCAGAGGAGGCCAAAGCCGAGAAAGACAAGAAGGAGAAGGAACAGAAAGAGAAGGACAAAUAGUCGCCCCCCCAUCUGAGUUUUGUGUGUGUGUGAGAUUGUAUGUGUGUAUGGAUGGAUGGAUGAAAAAAUCCAGUCGUCUUGUAUCUUUGCAGUUAUGUUGUUUCUUAAAAUAAACCCAAAUGAUAAAUCAUG